AGGCUCAGCACAUUGCGAAGGCUCUUAGAAAGCAUCAAGGUUUGUCCCAAUUUUUUAGGCCCCCUCCGGCCAUGUCGGCAGGGAGGUUGAUCUUGAAGACUGACCUCUGAGCAACGCCUUGACUGCACCAUCUUCUCAUGGCCACAUCCUGUGGCCACCAGGUGUAACUCUUCAAUGCAGCGGAAUGCGAAUUACAACAUCCGCGAGAGAAUGGCAAACCGAUUCGAGGUAGAUCAAAGGGCGGCGCUCUUCGGAAGCCGCUUCCCAGGCAAGACAGCGGCUGGAAAGCCGAAGGAUGACAUGUAUGCUGCCACCUCCAGGGAGAUGAUGGAGCGACAGAAUGACCAAACCAUUGAGGAUCUCGAGGGCAAAGUGGGGCAGCUGAAGGACAUCACCAGGAGCAUUGGAUCGUCGAUCAAGGAGUCAAAUGGCUUGCUGGACCAAAUGGGCAUCGACUUCGAUAAAGCCGCCGGACUGCUCAAGGGCACCUUGGGCCAUUUGAAGGGGAUGAUGGCCAAUAAGAGCAGCAAGCACAUGAUCUACAUGGUGCUCUUUGUCCUGUGCCUGUUCAUGCUGAUGUACUUCCUGAGAAAGCUGAGCUGGGUGUCUGGAGGCUCUCCUUCAAUCCAGUUGAAGGAGACUGCCUCCACCACGCUCGCAGCUGCGAGCCGGCCAUGAGGGGGCGAUCGGCAGCAUGGCACGGCAUGGUGUGACCAAAGC